GUCUGCUCCGUCACUAUGGCUGCAAGAGACGCGAGAUGGUGAGAGCUUGCUUGAAUAAAAUGAAACAAGUAUAUGCAUAAUACCUCUUAUUUGACGUUCAUUAGUCUAUUAACAGAAACGGCGUAUGUUAUUUUCAUAUUUGGAGCAAUUUGUUUCAGUAUUUGCUCUGAAACGAGGAAGAUUAACAGGAGAACGCAUCAGCUGCCUUCAUUCAGGAAAAAACAUCCCUAGCUUAUAAAGUAAACAAGCGGCGCUCUUCCAAAAAAAAAAAAAAAAAAAAAAAUUGCGAAGAUGUACCACAAAGAGAAAAGCAUUCAGAUAAAGAGCAGCGCGUCGGCGCUCUACAACAACCUGAGCGUCCUGCGCAUCGCGCCGCGUUGUCUCACCUAUUUCACGGUGGUCCACGCCAACGUGGUGAACAUGGUCAGCGCCUCUUGGGACGGACUGAACUAUUCCCACCGACAGCUGCAAUCUAAAGAAGGCAACGUGGCCACCAGCUCCUCGCUUAUCAUGCAGGCAGCCUGGUGUGUCCUGCCCUCAAGAGAUCUUCUUGUUCUCACCUCUCAGAAGGGAAUCCAGAUGUAUGAAUCAGAUGGAUCCAUUAUGGUCUAUUGGCAUGCACUGGACACACCAGAGGCCCCGACUGCGAAGGCAGUGUUUGCUCGAGGAAUUGCAGCAGUGCGGGAAAAAUAUAUUUGUGUAGGGGUCUCAUCUGGCUCAGUGCUUGUGUUUGACGUUCCCAGUAAAGGCAGUAACAUCACCCUGUCUGAGGUUUUGGAGGAACACAAGGAGGCAAUCACAGACAUGGCCUCUGAGUGCUCAGGCAAUCUGGAGUGUAUUGCUGAUUUAGUUAGUGCUGAUGACUCUGGCCUCCUCUGUGUGUGGAAAUCAGGAGAAGAUUUUCAACUGCUCAACAAGAUCCCUGGUUUUGACACGUGUUGUUCUUCAGUAAAGCUCUGGAAGGGCACAGUCAUUGCAGGCUAUGGGACGGGACAGAUUCGUCUGUAUGAGGGGGUCACAGGUAUACUGCAUGCAGAGGUCAAUGCCCAUGCACGUUGGAUCUACUCACUCGACAUUGCCCCGUUCACCGGACUGCUGAUCUCUGCAGCAGAAGACUCCUGGGUUAGAGUUUGGCAUCUGAGCUUGACUCCAGAGACUAAUAGUGUAGAGGUGGAGCACAUGUACAAUGAGUGUGUGACUGAUACACAGAUCUGCGGAGCCAAGUUCUGUGACGGGGAUGGCUAUGCAUUUGCAGUAACUGGCUAUGACUUGAGUGAGAUCAUCCGCUACACGCAAGCCUAGUCAGGAAUACAGCAUACACUUCUAAGACAGUCCCAUUGGUCAUACGAGGAUCGCCUGUUGAAGGAAGGUCAUGUCUUGACAAUAUAUUGGUGUGCAGUCAUGAUAGGCA